AUGAACAAUCCCAUGCAGGAAAAUGAUGAAAAUAUAGCACUCAUCUGGUUUGACCCUGUCACCAAUUCACCAGAUAAUCUUGAGGAAAUAAAGAAACGUCUUCAAGCGAUGAACAAUUUAAUUCGUUUUCCUACGAAUAUUGAUGAAUGUAUUAAUUCUGUUGGAUCAUUUAACAAAGAGAAGAUCUUCCUUAUCCUAUCCAAUGACAAUGCAUUUAAAUUAUUGCCAAAGAUUAGUAAUCCAUCGAAACUGAAACUGUAUUCAGUCUUUAUCUUUCCAACCAAUCGCGAUAAGUGUAAACGACUUAGAUGUGAUUAUCCUAUGAUUGUAGACAUUUUUGACAAUCAUAAUGAUCUUAUUAAGUCUAUUGCCCAACAUAUUAAAGGCGUGAACAGACAAAUGGAGACGAUUGCUUUUUAUGACCAAUAUCAACGAGGUAGUCGAGCGUUAUUUGAACGUUCAGCAGGCUUUCUCUGGUUUCAGUUAUUCAAAUAUGUCAUUCAACAAUUACCACACGAUGCUAAAGCAAAAGAAGACAUGCUCAAGGUAUGUCGUGAGUACUACCACAACAAUUCUCGAAUACUGAGGGACAUCGAUAAUUUUAACACUAAUUAUCAUGAAGAUGAUUGUAUUCGGUGGUAUACAAAGGAGGGAUUUAUUUAUAAGAUAAUCAAUAAAGCAUUGCGGAGAGAAGAUAUCGACCAACUUUACUUAUUUCGUUAUUAUAUUUCUGAUUUGUCCAAACAACUUGCGAAGGAAUAUGAAAAGAUCAAAACUGGUAAAGAUGAAAAAUUACAUUUAUACCGUGGUACAGCAAUGCACAUGGAUGAAAUUCAAGAUAUCCGAGCUAAUUGUGGAAAAUUGAUCGCAAACAAUGGAUAUUUGUCCAGUAGUCGUAAUCGUCACACUGCACUUACAUUCGCGCGCGCGCCGCCAGGUUUGUCAAACAUGUUUGCGGUAUUAUUUCAUAUUGAAUGCGAUCUUAAAAGUCAUAACGAUUCGGUUAUUGUUGCUGACGUGUCACAAUUAAGUGAAUUUCCAACAGAAGAUGAAUAUGUGUUCGAUGCCGAUUCUAUUUUCUGCGUAGAGAAUGUUAGCGAAAUAAAGGAAGGUGUUGAAGACUUAAUUGUAGUACAGAUGAGAACCACUAAGGAAGGCCGAGAGAAAGCGAAAGCUUAUAUAGAAGAUUGCCGAAAAGAAAUGCAGUAUGAGAGUCCCACAAUAAUGGUAGGCGUUUUACUGAAAAGAUUAGGUCAAGCAGAUAAAUCAUUACGCUAUUUUGAACGACUGUUGAAGGAGCCAGGGGCAGAAAGUAUAUCUCACAUAUAUAAUCGUAUGGGUGUCGCUCUGAGAGAUAAGUGUGAAUAUGACCGUGCGCUCGACUAUUUUGAAAAAGCGUAUACUUCAAUCUCUGAGUUUCAUCCACCAGAAAAAGUAUAUACAGCUUUGAUUUUACAUAACAAAGGUCAAAUUUAUUGUAAAAAGAGAAAGAACCAGAAGGCCUUCCCAUUUUAUUUGGAAGCGAAGAAGAUUUUAGAGGAAGAAAUAUCGGUACCAAAUCGAUAUAUUGCAGAAGUCUGUAGAAGUAUAGGACGAUAUUAUUUCUAUGAAAAGGAGUAUACGCUUGCUCUUAAAUAUUACUUUGAAGCAUUACAAGUAAGAGAGAACUGUUUAUCGCCAGAUAGUGUUGUCCUUGCCUUCAGUUACGAAGAUAUUGCCUAUAUAUACUCAUACCAACGUCUAUAUGAUGAUGCGCUUUGUUAUCAUCAAAAGGCACUGGAACUCAGACAACAAUUCUUGCCGCCUAUUCAUCGUAACACAGCAUGGAGCCUUUAUCAAAUCGGUCAAAUGUAUUACAAUAUAUUCAAAGUCGAUGAGGCUCUUAACCACGGUCUUCUGGCGCUUGAUAUGAUAUACAAAUGUCCCGCACAUACCGAUCAACGUCGUACUAUUGACAGUAUUCUACAACACAUUGAAUUAACUUGCAAAAUUGAACCACGUCAAGCAAUUGGAAAUAUAUCUCUAAUGUUAAAGACUCAUGUAAAUAUCGAUCCCGCUAUUUAUUUUCAUAUGGUUGAUAUUCUCAUUCAUAUCUCUCAAACAUACCAAUCAAUGAAUAGAUUUGAAAAAGCAGAUGACUUUUACAAGGAAGCACUGAAAAUUCAGUUAGAUAAACAGCUAAUUGACGAAUUAUAUUUGGCUCGCGAAUUUUAUUGUUUAGCUAACAGAUAUAAAGCUGCAAGAAACAUCGAGUAUGCACUCGAAUGUUAUAAGAAAGUUAUGAGCAUAAACGACCGUUACUAUCCUAUCCAUCAUCCGCUGUGUGUACAGACUCGAAGAAACAUCCAUCAAAUCGAACGACAGCGCCUACAGAAACUAUAUUAUAAUAUUUAUUGA